CGCUGCAUAAAGGCUGUCAGCCUACUCGCAUGUGGUGUUUCCUAAUUAUUUACGUCGAACCCUCAAGGCUCAAGUUUAGCCAGCCACCUUCAGCACCUACUAAUCUAUCUAGGGAAGAAUAAGCGAUAGCGGCAUGUGCGCUCUUGCUGCAGUCUUUUCUAGGAAACACAACCUGAACUUUUCAAUGUUCCAUUCCCAAGCGGAUGCUGACUGCUAGAAAUAUGUUCCCUCGCUGUAGCAAGUAUCGGGGACUUUAACAUUGAUUUUUCUAGGAUUAUGCUGUUUUCCUUGCGCCUCUUACACUGAUAAUACUCUUAUUAUUGCUGAGAUCUUUGCCAAUCAUGAGUGAAAAGGUUGAACCUUCAAAGCCAUCGCCAGCGGCGGCAGAAGAGGUUAAGCACGAAGCAGUUCCGGCCAAGAAUGACUCUCCCAAUCCAGCGCGACCAAAAAAAGCCCUUCAAACCACGCCUCUCCUCCUCGUGCACACGGCUGGGAGCAUCGCAUUGGCGUUAGUGCUCGUUUAUGCGGUCGAUGGAUAUAACGCUGGUGAUGAUUCCACACCGCAUUAUGUUGAUGGAAAGCUUCUUCUUCGAUCGUCAGAUGUCACAACCUUGGUUUCGGCCGCAUUGGUUUUUAUCAAGUUCUUCACCACGUCCUGGGCAGCUAUUGCGACCUGGAGAGGUGCGUGGGAACUGACCCAGUCGAACACAGGGCUCAGCUCGAAGCAGGUGUCGUUCAUGACGAGAUAUAAGCUACUUCCUUGGAUGAGACCUCCCUUCGGGCUACCAAGGGGUCGUCGCAGUUGGGCAGUAGCCGUUUUUCUUCUCUGUUCCUUUCCCCAGCCAUUUAUAGCCCCUCUUCUUUCCGGUGCGGUGAACUGGAAUCCAUCUCUCGUCGCCGGUCCGCAAACAGCGGCUGUACCCGUGAAUUCGACAAACCCAACUGCAAGUGAUUCUUACUGGUCUCAAUACACGGUUUUCGGUUACCCAACCAAGAGGACUGACGUCCUUAGACAGGCUCUAGGGUAUGCUAAUAUAGCUUGGUCAGACACCACAACCGCCUCUACCAACGGAACCUCUUUGAGAGGCAAUGGGUGCCGUCACGUCGUGAAUUCUAACGGUCUUCUAGAGAAUUCAACACUGACAAAUGUUGUUGUACCUUGCAUCAAAAUACAGAAUAUAAAUUGGGCAAUGGCAGCAGCGGAGGUCCCAGAUGCGGCUUUUUCUCAAGCCACUACGUACGACUGGCAAACGAGUGUCUUGAACGACACACUUUCCUACUACACGAAUCCAGGGCAUGCCAUCUUAUUUGAUGUCAAUAAUUUGUGGUACAAAAAAGAUUAUGAGUCGAACUCGUUUCCGACGGCAAGCAAAGUCUCAGGGCCCAACUCUCUAGCUCUCAUCAUCGCCAACCAGUACUCGCAUUGUCAGAACCUCACACCAAACCAGUUUGGCGAUGUGAACAGCUAUCCGCAGUUCAAGACUUAUUGGGCACUUGGUAGUUGUUAUCUGUUUGCCAAUGUGACCAUAGAGGCCGGCGUAACAACUAGCCAGCUAAGCAAAUAUAUCUCGCCGCGAGUUAUUGAAGACCAGACUCCUCUUGACGACGCCACUAUAGAUCCCAACACAUGGUCACAAGAGGCUGUCUGGCUUCUUCCAGAUGUAAUGACUUCGCUUUCUCAGAUGAACUCUACUCUGCUCCCAACCUGGAACAACCUAGACCUAUAUGUCGAGACUCUUAUCCGUCAAAGUUAUUUGGCCGCGUGGGACAGCUUCCAUAAUAAUUGGGAUACAGGCGGCACAAUAUCUCUUGCGAUCCCCCAGCAAGCGAGAGUCCAAGCCAAGGUCUCUCAUGCACGCGUGUAUUCAUGGCUGGCUAUAUCUCUAUUGGAGACUGUUGGUGGAAUCUUCUUAAUCUACCUGCUCCUGAAUCCAGGCUCGCUGCAAGAGCCAGAUCUACCGGGGAAAAUAAUUUCCGAGCAGGUCAAGGAGGCCAAGGCUGCUGGGAAAAAAAUCAUGGACAAUCUGUCCGAUUUGAGCUUUUUUUAAGCUUUUGGAAGAUUUUGAAUUGUGUUUGUGUUAGGUGGCGCUUUAAUGGAUGCCAUUCCACGUUUUGGUCCUAUGAUGUAUUUCGCAGCGAGCGACAUAUACAAUUGAGUGACGCACCCGCAAUACCCAUAUAAAACUGAC